GAUAGAGUCUGCAGAUGCAGAGGCUGCAGGUCCUGGAGUCAAGCUGGAGAAGUCUGAAGGAGAGGAGGACCCACGGCACAGCAGAAACAUUCAGACUGGAGCAGUUGGAGCGCCCCCUAUAGCCACGGAUGACUCCACCACUGCCCCAGCACCGCCCAGCACCCGAUGCAGCAUCACGGAGGUCAGUGGAACGCCGAACGCGGUCCUCAAGUCAGAGACAGCCACGGAGACUUUAACUGUAACACAAAGGCUCUUAUACACAGGAUCUGACCACGGAUCAGACCCAGAGAGGCUGGGGCCACUGGGCUGUCCUCCUUCUCCCGGCUCAGAAUACUUUCCGGUAUUUCACCAGAGCCAGAGGACGGUUAAUUCCUGUGGUGAUGGUGACACGUUAGGCCCUAGUGGUGAUGAUCUGUCUUGUUCUUACACUACAGAGAUGGACUCUGGCAACAUGCCCUUGGGUUUAGAGACACAGACUGAGACUGAUCUGUCUAGAGGGGACUGGAACCGGUACAGUAGUAGUGUAUACUCUGAAGGGUGCCUAGAUGAGAAAAGGGAGGUUAUAGUCGUAGAUGAAGUGACUGUGAAAGUGGAUGGAGACGUUCCUCUGACAUGGAAUGCAGACAUGACUCACUUAGGAGAAGGACACUCACAAGGCAGAGAUUUCUUAGAUUAUAGGGAAAGCUUAGAGACAAAUCCAAAUGUCGCCACCCACUCCCCUUUACACGCGUUCAGGGAUCGCGACCCAGUGUCCACGUCAAUGGGGCCUUCGGAUUCACACAGCCGCGUCCUUUUCGAUCAGGUAUUAAACUCAAAGGACCAAAGGGCCAAGGCUCAGGGAGGGGGCGCAACAUCAGGCAAUAGUAAAGAGAAACGGUUCCUCUGCAUGUUCUGUAACAAAGGCUUCAGUUGCCUCCAGAAGGUGGAGAUCCACCAGAGGGUCCACACAGGUGUGAAACCCUUCAGCUGUACCCAGUGUCACAUGCGCUUUGCCCAGGCUGGCAACCUAAAGAUCCACCAGAGGGUCCACACAGGGGUGAAACCCUUCAGCUGUACCCAGUGUCAUAUGCACUUCUCCCAUUCGUCUAGCCUGAAGAGGCACCAGAGGAUCCACGCAGGCGAGAAAUCCUACAGCUGCUCCCAGUGUGAAAAUAGGUUUUCCCACCAGAACCAGCUGAAGAUGCACCUGAAGGUCCACAUGGAGAAAGGCUGUUCGCGUGUACGCACUGCGGGAAGAGGUUUUCAGAGAGGAGCUACCUCAGGAUACACCAGCUGAAAAACCAUUCCACUAGAACAUAGAAAGUAACCAUUCCACUCAAUACCUGAAACCCUGCAUUACAGUAGAAUAUUCUUUUUCAUUUCAUUGUCAGCAGAAAAGAUCCACAGAUGCCUUUGUAAUAAUGAGAGUAACAGAUUUCAGUGAUGAAUAUUCCUGGGUAGAAUUCAUUCAGCCAUUGUGUGAUAUAUAAGGCAUAUAUAUAAACAUGUACACUACCGUUCAACAUUUGGGGUCACGUAGAAAUGUCCUUGUUUUUGAAAG